UGAAAUAAAUAAAAGUGUGGUAUAAAUUAAGGUAAAAUAAGCAUGAAAAUUUCAAUCUAGCCACGAAAAGAAAGAAAGUUAUGAAACUUUAAGUGCCACUGAAAUGUCACGAUGAGAAAUUUUUGUUUGAAAAUUUGUUGAUUUACGGAUUGCGUAGGUGUUGAAAUGCGAUGGAAAAGUGUGGCAUAUUUGGGAAAAUUUUCUUUUGGCGUCAUAAAAAGUAAGAAAUUUUGUUUUAUUGCCACAGUUUUAACUAGAAAAUUUCCGCGAAUUUCCGAGAACUUUGUUGGUUGGCGCUAAGAAUUGCGCAAUGAAGAAUUAAAAAAGAAGGUCGUUGAAGAAAAAAACAAUCAAGUUUCCCGCGCAAUGUGAAUCAUGGCGAAAAUGUACAAAGCAAGUUGAAACGUUUCAUUGUUCUCUGCUGUCAAAACAAGUCACAUCGUAGAAAAGAAGCCGUGUUUGUGAAAAUUGUUGCAAAAUUUACAAGAAAAAAGCGAAGAAUUAUCCCCAUAUUGAGCCAGUGAAAGCGAGUUCAAGUGUUAAGAAGCCGGAGAUUGAAGAAUUUGGAGGUUAAAUCCACAAAGAAUAUUGCGUUCCACGAUACAAUAAAACGCAAAAGGAAUUCGCAUUCCGGAGAAAUUACGAUGGCGAUCCCGCCGUUGUGUAUGAGGGAAGGAAAGCAAUUAUGGGAUGAAGAGGAGGAUGAUUUUCAAAGGCCUCGGAAGAAAAAAUUGCAAGUUGUCAGGCAUGAAUGCUGCAGAUAUUGCUGCUCUGAUUCCCGUGUUUGGAGAGAAGUGUGAGAAUUUUAUCCGUGCAGAAGAUUGGAUCCGUCGGGUGGACACCCUCAGAAUUACGCACGGGUGGACGCAAAAGAUCACAAUGGUUUAUGCGGCAAUGAGAUUGAGAGGUGCAGCAGCAUUUUGGUAUGAAACUGCGCAGGAAAAUCUAGCAUCUUGGAUCCAGUUCAAGGAGGAAUUGAUGGAUAACUUUCCGGAUGCAAUGUCAAAGAAGGAAGUUCACGAAAUAUUGAAGAGAAAGAAGAAGAAACCAGAUGAGGAGGUGGAAUUGUAUUUCCACAAAACCGUGGCAAUUGGAAAGAGAGCGAAAUUGGAGGAUCCCGUGAUUAUGGAGUAUUUGAUUGAUGGCCUUGAAACUGAAGCACAAAAGACAGCAUUGAGGUCCAAAGGCAAUGUAGCACUUAAAGAUCUUUUGAAGGACAUGGUGAGGGUUUGCCAGUCACAGCAAAAUGAGUCGAAAAUGGAGUCCGCCAAGCCUGAGACAGAAAACAAGGUGAAAGAGCAAGUUGAUGACCGACGUGAUUUUCGGGACGAACGAGAUAGGUACAGAGGAAGAUUCAGAAAAAGGAAUUGGCGUCCAAGAUGGCAACACGAGGAUUAUUAUGAGGAAGAGAAGACUUCCGGAAAUAAAGGAAAUUCGACAGAGGUAAAAGAGGCAAAAGAGACAGAAAAGGAGAAAGACGUGAAGCAGGACAAGGAAGAACAGACAAGGAAGAAGUAUGUCAAGAAAUGCUGGCGUUGUAAUUCCGAAUCUCACCUGGCAUACGCGUGCAAGCGUGGGGGUGGCACAACUCGCCACCAGGGAAAAUAAUGAGUUGUACAAGACGGUAGAGAUUGAUGGGAAGUAAGUUUUGCAGGUAACAGAAGAAUAGUUUUGCUGACAAGAGGUGCUUCUCUAAAAAUGAACCUACUUUCGGGGAACUAUCAGAUUGAAAUUAGUGAGAAAUUGAGGAAAUACCUCGCAUUGGUGGCCCCAUAGGAGUACAGAGAUUGUCAAGCGGUGUGAAAGACAAAGACAAUGAUGAAAUUGGAAUAAUGAAAAAGCAAAGGUGGAAGAUACCCUAAAGUGCCCGUAAGGGAAUGUUUUGAGUUUAUCUCUUUAUCAGAGGAAAUAAUGAAUAAAAUAGUUAAUGUUGAGGAAUAAUAAGAAACAUCCCAAGAAUUCGAUAUGAAAGCAAGAGUUAAGGGUUAUUAUGUGAGUGGCUGGAGAAAAGCGGACUACAUAAAACGGACGAAAGUAAGCACAGUUUGGAAAUAAUGAAUAAAGAAUUAAGAAAAGUUUAGAAAUAUAAACGCGAAGGACGCAAAGUAAGGUAGUAUGGAAAAGUAGGCUGGGAAUUGCAAAACCUAAAGGGUUGAGAUUGCAUGAAGGGUAGUUUUAUUCGAGAAGAAUAAGACGCCAAGCUCAGAUAGUUCCAUAAAAUGGGCGCGUUAUUGUUGAAAUUACACGAAAAUCGAAAGAAAACUCACUAAAGGCUUGGAAAUUGAAUGAUGGCUAUGGAAGAUUGUUAGGUUAGUUAAAGCGCCAUAGCAGGAUGAAAAAAAUCUUAAAAGAAAAAAAAUCUUCGCCUGAUGCUGGAGUGAUAAAACUUCGCCUGUAUUGGCUGGAGUGAUAAAUCUUCGCAUAAUUUGGCUGAAGUGAGAAAAAAUCUUCGCCUGAUAUUGCUGGAGUGAUAAAUCUUCGCCCGUAUUGGCUGGAGUGAUAAAUCUUCGCAGUUUGGCUGGAGUGACAAAAUCUUCGCCUAGUGCUGGAGUGGUAAAUCUUCGCCAAGUGCUGGAGUGGUAAAUCUUCGCCUUGUGGUGGAGUGGUAAAUCUUCGCCUUGUGCUGGAGUGGUAAAUCUUCGCCUUGUGCUGGAGUGGUAAAUCUUCGCCUUGUGCUGGAGUGGUAAAUCUUCGCCUAGUGCUGGAGUGGUAAAUCUUCGGCUAGUGCUGGAGUGGUAAAUCUUCGCCUAGUGCUGGAGUGGUAAAUCUUCGGCUAGUGCUGGAGUGGUAAAUCUUCGCCUUGUGCUGGAGUGGUAAGAUUCGCAUAGUUGGUUUAAGUAGUAAAUCUUCGUCUGUAGCUAGAAUAGUAAAUUGGCUGGAGUGAGGAAAUUUAACUUAUAUUACUGCUGGAGUGGUGAAACUUCUUUUGAGAUGGUUGAAGUGGUAAAUCUCCGCAAAAUUUUGGUUUAAUAGAGUUUACAUCAAGAGAGUUGAUUACAUGAGGAAGAUAACCGAAAGUCCCUAGAGACAGAUAACAUCCAUUAAAGUUAUGUGGUGUCGGUACAGAGUUUUUAAGUUGGUAUAAAAUAUGAACGCAAUGAGGAGUGAAUUUUGAUGUAGUUUCAAGGUUCAGAGAGUAAAGUUUACACGAAGUGAACAAAAGGUGGAGGAUUAGGCCAGCAGAAGUGAAGUAGAGCACGCUUCUGAGUAUUAAAAGAGUAAGAUGUUGUAAUCGUAUGAUUAUGGAAGUUCCAAUGAGCAGCUUAAGAAUAAUGAAGUUAAUGUUUUUAAUUAGCGAAGGAAUUGGCGCAGUUACGGUCAGUAUUAGUAAAAUUUGGCAUAGAUAAAUGAAAUGUUAAAUCUGGGCAUAAGUUGAGGCUGGAGUGAUAAAUCUUCGCCAAUUGGUAGGAGUGCUAAAUCUUCGCCUAGUUUUGCUGAUAUGCGCAAGUUUAGCCUAGCAUGGCUAGAAUAAGGAAGUUCAAAUGAAUGACAAAUUGAAGAUACCAAUAGAGAAUUUAAUAAAAGACACAAGCUGUAAGAUAAUGAGAAUAAUAGAUGCAAGAAAACAAAAGUAAGGGGUUGACUCGUCAAUGGGGACAUUGACACUGUCAGGAAAGGCCGAAUGUAGGCAGACAAAAGAGGGUUAGCAAGAACUGCGGGGAAACUCGUAGUUGCCGUUCAUGCCGGAAGGGGUUCGUUGGUGCGUAAGGGCGCCACACGUGCACCAUUGUCAGAAGCCUCAGUAGUGUGAGUGGUGCCCACUAGAUGGCGCUAGUGUUGCGCAAGGCGAGCUAGUGUGGCGGCCGCCAGGUGGCGCUAGUGUUGCCAAGAGUGCCAAGAGCUGCUGCUGUCAGUCGGGCGGAAAGCUCGUGAGUCAGUCAGUGAUUGAUCGUCGAAGAGGCAGCAUGGAGGGCACGUGGCUGGCUAGCUGAGAAUGAGGCUGGCAAUGGGCUCUCCGGCUGUUCGGUGCGUAGGGGGCCCUUCAGGCACCCUACAAAUACAGCAAAAACUGCCACAAGUUUUACUGAAUUUCAGUGUAAAGAUUUUUUUUCACUUCAAAAAUAUUAGAAGUUAUGAAGAUGAAGACUUUUACAUGAAUACUGCUCAAAAACAUUACUGCUUGAAAACUGCAUGAAUAUUGCAGUAAAAACAGUAGAAAAAUUACUUGAGCAGUACUGUACGAAAACUGCACUAACAUUGUAUGAACGUUGUACUCA